AGCUUCAGAUCGCGGUGCGGCAGCUGUCGCGAAAGGCCGAGCAGGCCGCGCUGCUUUCUGGCAGACGCUAGCUAGCGACUACGCUUUCCGGCGGGCGGACUGAGGCGGGAGGCUGUAGCUGGUGGUGGGAGCUCAUCUUAGCGUGCAGUGGGGUCGUGUUUCGUACUGUGGUGCGUUGGUCGCGACGCGACCAGCUAGGCUCAGCAUGCCUGGCGUGAAGCUGACCACCCAGGCCUACUGCAAGAUGGUGCUACACGGCGCCAAGUACCCGCACUGCGCCGUCAACGGGCUUCUGGUGGCAGAGAGGCAGAGGCCGCGCAAGGAACAUCCUCCCGGCGCGGGCAACCACACUCUCUUCGUGGACUGCAUCCCGCUCUUCCACGGCACGCUGGCUCUGACGCCCAUGCUGGAGGUGGCGCUCACCCUAAUUGACUCAUGGUGCAAAGACAACAGCUAUGUGAUCGCCGGCUAUUACCAAGCUAAUGAACGUGUGAAGGAUGCCAGAGGCUUCCUUUGGCUGCAGCCAGCUAGAGGCCAGGGGACAGCUGGAAAGUACCCACAGUAAGUACUGGGGUUUUCUUGUGUGGUUAGAUGGAGCCAACAGACCCCAGUGUGAUUCUGUAGUGUGGAUGUAGCCCAAGGCUCUUCUAGAAAUGAAACAGUGAGCUAGAACUGCCUCGCUCCUGCCACUGGGGCUGGGGGGCUUGUCAGGAGCUGUGCUGUCUCGCUGAGUCAGUCAGGGCGUCUCUGGCACUGCCCACACCUGUGAAAGCCCUGUGCGCAGUCCCCUGGUUCUGCUACCACCUCUUGUUCUCUUUGCCCUCCGGCCCUUGAUUCUUCCUCUGCGUGGGUGACAAGUGCUCGUCCACCUGCACAAAAGCUGCUGUAGAGGUGCCGGUGGGUAACUAAUUCGACUGAGCCAAGCAGGGCCCUUAAGUCUCUGAGGACCCUGUAAGAGGAAGCAGGCUCUGCCUGCAGAAAUCACAGACCUCUCCCCAGCAGCAUGGCUGGAGAAGGUUUGUCAGUGUGAGGUACCAAUGUCAUUUUGAUCAAACGGGGUGGCACCAAAUUGAAAGCUCACAGCAUAGGGAGAUGUAAAAUGGCUUAGAGUCCUAAAAUGUGGUAUGAUUUAAAAAGAGGAUUCGGUUGUUAGGGCCCUGGACCUCCUGUGACAAGUUGCCACUUGAGUAGCAGGCACUCGGAUAGUGUGGGCUCAACUUCCAAAACAGUCCACAGCCCAGCAGGUCAGCAGCUGCCCUAGGCCACACUCCAGGAAGCAUUUCCCUUCAGAAGGUGCCCGAGGGUCUGGUCUGGCAUUCACAACCCUAAGUCAUCUCACUGGAGCCAACACUCACCAGUGGUUGACUCCAUUCCACUUACUGAUUCAGGUGGUGAGCUGAACUGACAGGGCUGUUUGGCUCAGCUGGAGUAUUGUAGCGCUCACAGGUCCUUCU